AUGAUUUCAACAAUCGGCACAACAACAAUUCAAGCCGCGAACGGCGGGACUCUGUCCACAACAACAGCACCAAACUCGUUAGUUAUGAAUCCUACGUCAAUGUUGGUAGAAAUGAAAAGCUUCAUUCCUUCUUCAUAUACUUUCGAAACAGAAAUCCAGAAGAUAAAGCAAGAACUUUUAACAAGUAAUUUAGACUGUAGUGCGAAAGAUGAAGAAAAUGAAGAAUAUCUUUAUGAAAUGGAGGACCUCAUCGACCAUUUACCUAAACUACCUGAAAUUCAGCAUCAAAAACUAACUAUUCCUGAAUUCGACGAAAUUGAAGUCAAAGCAACUGACUCAGUAGAAAUAAAGAAGUUCAUACGUAAAGUAAAUUAUGAAUUCCUUGGUUUUCAUUGCAACCAUAAAGUUAUGGACAAAGAUUGCGAUAUGGUAUAUAAGAAUGUUUCUGACAUAUAUAAAUCUGAGGAGUUUAAGACUUACGAUAACUUUGUUUCAUUAGUUGCAAAAUGUGUUUGGGAAAUAAGAGAUAAAGAUAGAAGAGGCAAAGUAUGGAACGAACAACUAAGACCCGCUAUGUUUGAGAUGAAGAGAGCAAUUGACGCUUUAGUUGUUCUAGCAGGUCAAAUUUCAAUGUAUAAUGCAAAAAUGAACCCACAAUGUUCAAAAUGUAAAGCAGCAAUAAGGAAAUAUAACUACUCAGUCAAAGAGAUAGAACGUAUGCGAAACGACUAUGCAGACUUAAAGAAAGAAGUAGAGAAACCAGCAGAAGA